AUGGAUGAAUUACCAUGUACUGUCGAAGAAAUUCUCCCCACUGGCAUCGUUGACCCCGAAUUCGAAGCCGCUUGGAAAGGCAAUGGCUCGCCACAGGUCACAUUACCAGCGAUAUUCCAACAUUCCAAAAAAACCGUCCAGGCAACCCUACCCAAUACUCAGAAAUUGCUUGCAGCCAGCCGACCGACAACUAUUGUUGAGAAAGAAUAUGAUAUUCCAGUAGACGACACAUUUUCAUCUCGAACAAUCAUCUGCCAGCCCGCUAUAUCUGGUACCGUUCCAUCUCCUAUUGUGAUUCUUAUUCACGGCGGCGGCCAUUGCGUUGGAUACCCGGAGAUGGAGCUGGCUACUGCGCGGGAACUGGUAUUGGCAUUUAAUGCCACUUGCAUUUACCGUCCCACCACUUUGCGCCGGAGUACCCUUUCCCUACCGACAUCAACAAAUAUAUUCGCAGUAGUGCAGUUUAUUGCGUGCAAGGCAGCUGAGAAUAAUAAAAGCAUUCUGCCUGCGAAUGUCGACCCGAAGAAGGGUUUCAUCAUUGGGGGCCUCUCGGCCGGGGCAGCCAUUAGGAAUAAGGUGGCGCAUCUUGCCCGAGAUCUAGAGCCUCCAUUAACUAGGCAGUUCUUAGCAUGCGGGAUAUAUUAUGACCCUGAUAACGUCCUCGAUUGUUACAAGGAUUUUUAUCUCUCUAUGGAACAAAACAAGCCUGCCCCAAUACUCGACACAAUGUCUUUGAAACAAUACAUGAACACAUAUAAAGGGGAUAAGCCAUUACAACACAACAAUAUAUUCUCAAUUAGCCACUGUUAUCACUCAGAUGGUACUGUAGCAAGGCAAAAAUUUCUGCCCCCGGUUUAUUUUCAGGUCGCUGGAAUGGACCCUGCGCGGGAUGACAGUCUCAUUUACGAGCGUGUGUUACGGGAAGAGUGUGGAGUACCUACAAGAAUAGACAUAUAUCGUGCCCGUUCCUCAUGGAUUUUGGACGACGUAUCCGCACCUAAUAGCCACCCAAAGACGGAUACGAGAUGCUAUAGAUGGUAUUAG